AACCAUUCUGCACUAGCGAGAUUAACGUUUUGUGGUGUGAGGUUUUUGCGCUUUUACGAAUGUGAAAAUGAACAGUUCCAACCAUGAUUCGAUUAUUAUCCGAACGGUGACACAAAAGUUCCGUGAAGGCGAAUCCGUACUGGCCAUACUUGCAGCGUACCAAAUCGUCGGCAACAACUUCCAAAACCGGCUGCUCGUGACGGUCAGCUCUAGUGAAACGGCUGCCUUGUUUGCAUUUUCCGUUUCCCGCGAACCUCCAGAAAGCAUAUCCGACCUGACGAUUGUGGCCGUUUUCCCAAUAAAUGAAUCAUUUUUCGUCAACACAGAUUCCAGUUUUGGUGCCGUAUCCAGUCACCAGUUCACCGUGUAUUCGGAGAAUCAACAAACCACCUUCUACUACCACGCGUCCGAGGAAACCAACGUGGCAAAGGAACAUUUUUUGAUCAGCGUGAAAAAUCUUAAAGCUUCGUUCCGUGCCGUUCCGAUACAUUCGCCGGCCGCAUUCGACUGGCUGCAGUACUACAAACCGGCGGACGAACGGGCCGGUCUGUUGGCGAUCGAUCGCAGUGUAGCGGAUGGUAGCCAAGCGCCCAAAACGCGUGACGCAAAGUUCCGCGAAGAGCUCGAACGACGGCGGCAUGAGUACACGGUGUACGAACCUUACCACGUGUACACCGCGACCUGGAACGUGAACGGACAAACGUCCGAAGCAAUUGAACUACCGGAAUGGCUCGCCACCACGGACAGUCCGCCCGACAUCUAUGCGGUCGGGUUUCAGGAGAUCGAAUGGACACCGGAGAAGAUUCUGAUGAAUGAAACCAAAAUCGAUCGGACCUGGGUUGAUAAAGUUAUGAGCGGUCUUCACAAGGGAGCGAUCUAUACCGAGCUCGCCUCGGUACGGUUGGUGGGCAUGAUGCUAACCGUUGCUGUUAAAAGUACGAUCUAUCCGAAGAUAACCGAUUGUCUCACAUCUGCCGUCGGUACUGGGACGCUGAAAUGGGGCAAUAAAGGUGGCGUUGGGGUGAGCUUUAAGUUGAACGAAGCCCUGUUUUGCUUCGUUAACACUCACCUGGCCGCUCACACGCAAGAAGUGGAGCGAAGGAAUGACGAUCAUGACGAUAUUAUACGGCGUAUGUCAUUCGAAAAUGGGUUUCAAUUGCGUUCGAUCGACGAACAUCAUCACAUAUUUUGGAUCGGUGACUUAAACUACCGGCUCGACGGUCCGGAAGUGUCUCAGGAGUACGUAAACCGGAAGGAUCGCGACUACAAUCAGCUUUACCAGCACGAUCAACUGUACGUGGAGAAGCGCCGGAACCGCAUCUUUCGCGACUACAAGGAGGGCAAGAUACUAUUUCCACCCACCUACAAAUACAAUCCCGGCACGGACGAGUGGGACAGUAGUGAGAAAAGUCGCACACCCGCUUGGUGCGAUCGGAUUCUGUGGAAAGGUCAGCGGAUAGAGCUGCUGGGGUACCAAAGCGUGAUGCAGCUGCGAAAAAGCGACCACAAGCCGGUUUAUGCAGAUUUUAAGGUCGAUGCGCAAGCGAAGGAUCAAGCGAUGUUGAAAAAAAUAAGCGAAGAGGUACUGAAAACGGUCGACAAGUACGAAAACGACAAUCAACCACAGAUUACGGUGGAGCAGACCGAUCUCGACUUUGGUUUGAUACGCUUCAAUGAAAAGUACUCGCGCGAGCUGUUGGUAGCGAACAAUUGCCAUCUGCCGGUACGUUUCCGGUUUGCCUGCAAGGACGACCGGAACAGUCAGGUGUGCGAAGAGUUCAUUCGCAUCAGCCACAGCAAAGGGGAACUGCUGACCGGGAGCAGCUUAAGCAUACGCAUCGACAUACUGGUCGAUGGGCCGGCCGCUUCCCGGAUGCUGCGAAAGCUUAAGGACGCCCAGGCCGGCAUUAAAGUGCCGCUCGACAUUCUGGUGCUGCACGUGGAGAAUGGUCGGGACAUAUUUAUUACCAUUUUUGGCGAGUAUAGGCCGAGCUGUUUCGGAGUGUCGCUCGAUACGCUAAUGAAGCUGAACAAACCCGUCUCGAUGUACGCAAUCCACGAGCUGGUAUCGUUGGAUCACGAGGAGAAGCUGAUCGAUCUGGUCGGGGACGAUGUCGGUGGUAGCAAUCUUCGUUUUCCGCGCGAAAUCUGGCGCCUGGUGGACAAUCUGCGCAAGAUGGGCCUGCAGACGCCACAGUUGUUCACCCUAGACCGAAAGAUUGGACAGUCGGAUGCGGCUAAUCUGCUCGAAAUUCGCGACUGGCUGGACAGCUGGUCGACCGAUGAUUUUCCCGGUACACCACAUUCGACAGCAGAAGCACUUUUAAUGAUGCUGGAAGCCCUUCCAGAGCCGGUAGUGACCAUCAGCGAACGGGAGUGCAUUAUAGCGGCGGAUAAUUUCGAGCGGUGCAAGGAGCUACUGCGCGCGAAGCUUAAGUCCGUCAAUCGGCUUCUUUUUCUGUACAUUUGUCUCUUUUUGCAGGAUCUCUGGAACGCUAACAAAUCGAUCCGGAUCGAACCGAUCGCGGGCCUAUUUGGUCGAAUAAUGAUUCGCAGUCAGCUGCCGGCCAAGCCAGAGUUUAGCAACAGUAUUUAUGCGUAUUGCGAGGGUGAACGCGACCAGCGAAGACGGUUCAUGAUGACACUACUUAACAAUAACGUGCGAGAGUUUGCCCGUCAGGAGAUGAGCACCUACUGAU